UUUUCACCGAGAAGGCGAGGACAGGGAACACCUGGGCGACAGGCACGUACGCACGUGUCGCAAAGAGGCCACCUCCUCCGGCACGCGCGACACGUGAUCCGGCUCGUUCCCAAACGUGUCAAGGUGACAGCCGUAUAAAGACAUCGCCGUACUGUCGCGUUGGAUUGCUUGAGAGUUGAGACUUGAGAGAUCUUCCAUGCCUUGCCUUCUUUAGCAUCUCGUCCUCAAUCGUGCACGCCCAACUGCCCAAGAAGAUCCAAGAAGAGCAGAGCGCGACGAUGUCGGUGAGCCUCGUGACGGCGUCGGUGCUGCCUCCGUGCCGCGCCUUCCGCGCCGCGGCGUCGUUGUCGGCGUGCGCCUUGCGUCCGCGCGCGCACCGGCCGUCGCCUCCCUCCGCCUGGCGCGCCGGCGUGCGCUGCCUCGCCGCCACGCCCCCGCCGCCGGAGGUCCCGGGCCAGACGCCGGCCGAGGUGCCUGGGACGGACCGCCCGCCGCAGGAGGUGCCGAGCAUCGACACGCCGCCGGAGUUCGACGCGCCCCCGGGCGUGGACGUGCCGAUGCCCGGCGCGCCGGGGCCCGGCCCGGAGCUGCCGGGCCCCGCGAUGCCGUCGCCGCCGGUGCCGGAGAUCCCGACCGUGCCGCCCAACCCCGACGUCCCGCCGCCGCAGCCGCCGGAGGUGGAGCCGCCGAGGCCACCGCCCGAGGUCGACCCGCCCAGGCCGCCGCCCGAGGUCGCGCCGCCGCAGCCGCCGGGCGCCUCGACGGUGCUGCCUCCCUUGGUGUAGCUCUCGCUUCGACGUGUGGCGUCGCGCGUGUCGGCGCGUGGCCGGAGAACAAGGCGGCGUCGCAGAGCCGUUGCUGUGUCCGAUGGAACGGCACCGUGUAGGAGUGUACAAAACAAACCAGUAGUUUUCACGGCUGUACAUGUUCGUUUUCAGUUUGAACAAGGAGGUAAACUAGCGAA